AUGUUUCAGCGGCGUGGCACGUAUCUUCAGCGCCUGUCCAAGCUCUACUCGGACACCAAGCAGUCCUAUGAGAGCGCCAAAGUCACUCCGGCGGCCGCGAAUGUCACGGACCUGCCCGAGUUGAGGGACUUGAGACGUGAUUUCCAGAUCCAGCAGGACAGGUUGCUGGCAUGGGGGAUGCACUGGACCGACGUCGGCGCGCCUUAUUCCGCCCAGGGCGAUGUCGACAUCGACAAGAAAAUCGACCAGGCUGGGCUGGGCGAGGUGGUGGCCAGCGUCAUGUCCGAGAUCAAAAGGCUGCUGGAAGAGAGUGGCCGACUGGAGCAUCCCGAAAGGUACGAGAUGAAGAAGUCGGCACGAGGCCCGGGUGCGAGUCCUGUGGCCCCUCGCAGGGACUGGACCAGUCACGAGGUCAUGACCGGCCGCGCUCUGCUGGAGCAGCUGACUACCUGCAUCGACGUCCUCUACAGCCUCGAGGAAUCAAGGCGGGCCGAUGAGAAGAGUGGUGACGCCAAACGCAUGAAGCACGCUCAUGGGUCGUCGCUUGCUGCCGAUGGUACCGACUAUGGCCCCCUUUACGACCACCCUCUACACAUCGACUUCAACGGUCUCGAGUUCAGCACGUAUUCCCCACAAGCAGCUGACCCACCUCCAUAUGAUCCCGCUGAAGGCUCGGUGACUUCGACAGAAAGGUCGAUCGCCUACUUUCGUCAGGGCGCCUUCCCGGUCCUCGUUGAUUUUCUCACGGCCGACUGUCCACCAUAUGUCGUCGGGAGUGCCGAGGACGUCUUCGAGCUCCAUGAGCUCGGCGAGAAGCUGUGCAAAGAUCGAUCCUUGUCGUGGUGCGGCCACCUGAGACUUCUCGGGUUCACUGUCGACCCUAAUGGACCACGUUGCGCAAUGGUCUAUGCCUUGCCCGAGGGACACGACCACAAAACUCUCCAGCAACACAGGACUCUUUCGUCCCUUCUGGCCACAAACAACGUCCAGGAGGGCUCGUCGCCAGCGCUUGAAGAUCGCUUCCGACUGGCAUACAACCUCGCUUUGUCCAUCAUGGGCUACUUCGCCCAAGGAGAAACUCAUCAGUAUAUCAACAGCAGCAAUAUCCUCCUCAUCGGUAGCAGAGAGCAUAUGCAUCGAUCCCAUUUACCUAAAGAAUUGAGAUAUCCCUAUCUGCUGCAGUCGUGCCAGGACUUUCUGUCUCGCUUACAAGCAGAGGAACCAUUCACCGCAACCAUCUAUCGCCACCCCGACCACGACAUUCACGCACCUGAAGUAGUUCCAGCUUAUGACAUAUACAGCCUCGGCUUGCUUUUGUUAGAGAUUGGUCUGUGGAUUCCGUUGCAGAAAUUGUGGAAGCCAAAGUAUGACCGCCGGCUUUUUAUGGAAAGAGUCCAGCGAAUUUACGCGCACAAGCUGGCUUCAAAGUGCGGAAGCAAGUACAUGCGGGUUGUUCAGAAGUGCUUGCAAGCGCCCUCGGAGUUGCAGUUCAAGAACAACUAUGAGGACGCUGGAGCGUUCCUGCUUCAGGUGGCCAAGGACCUGCUGCAAUGUUGCGCCCUUGACGAAGAAGGGCCACCUCCAGCCUCUGACAUCGAGACGUUCGAGCUCAUCAUUAUUGAGCAGAUGUGCAAAGCCGAAGCAAAAGCAGCCGAAGAGGAGAAAAUGCCAAAGAUACCAGUUGACGACAUCAAGCCCGAAUUCCCCAAGAGAGCGAAUUCAAAACGAAAGGCCGAUGCGAUUCAGCAUUCCAUAUCGCCAGCAGAGAAGCCUCUCCGAAAGUGGAGCGAUGUUGAUAUCCCCCAAGAAGACCUAGACCAGUGGAAUACCAUGGUAAUGCCCAAGCUAGGCAAGAUGCUGCAGAAUGCUCUCAAGGAUUCUCCCGAAUCAUCUUGCAGCCUCAGUCUCAUGAUGUUCGGAAGUGCCCCUGAUAAUGCCAAGACAACCAUCUGCAUUCAAUGCCCACAGAUCAACAAGGUCCGUGAUGUGCUGAGGAAGAAGUUCAAACCCAAGAAGGGAUGGGGCGUCGUCCUGCUCAAUGGUGAAGUUAGACGUAGUGGUACCGGCAGAAGGAGAAAGCCGAGGCGAUCGGGGUAUGGUAGCAGUUGCUCGAAGCACAGAGGCCCCAAAGCCAUGGCUCGAAGGCCUCUGGAACAGAAAUAUCAGGAACGGCCGACAAGUGGGGCCAGCAUUGGAGCCUUCAAGGAUGCCGAACAUCUCCCUCCUGUUUCCUUCGGAGGCACUAUCCUCGUCGACGGCGAACCUUACGGAAUGACGGUGCAUCACAUGCUCGACCUUCCAAGCGACGAUGAAGACGAAGAUGACGAUGACGAUGAUGUCGUCCGACGCAGCGAUCAGCAACAGCAAGCUCGCAGAGCUGCAGCGCCUCGUAAAAUGCCUGGACAGUUUGACACUUCAGCCGAUGUACGUUUCAUGCAAUCAGAGGAAGACCUCUCGCGGUUUUCCGAUCUGGCCAUUUCUGACGAGGAUUUUGAGAACAACAGUGAUGACGACGAUGACCAAAGCGACGCCAGCACCAUCCGUCCAGACUAUGCCAUCAUGGACGCGGACGGCAACGAGUUCUGGUUCCUCGAAGACAGCCCUCCUGGCCUUGAUGAUGACGACGGAUCCGAUGAUUCCUCGUCCGAAGAUGAAGCAGACGCAGACGACGCGGCCUCCAUUGGCGACAAAAGAGGCAUCGCACCAUACUCAGAUGACGAUCUAUGUGUGACUCAACCCGCCAUCGACGAUGUUGAUGAUGACUUCUUUCCUAGCGAGGAAGAUCGUGACGAUGACCACCUUGCGAGCCAUGCGUUUGGAUAUGUCUUUGCGAGUAGCGGCAUCCGGCGUGUAGUAAGAGGGGAAAUGAAGCAUGAGGUCGAUUGGGCGCUAAUUCGAGUACACGAAGACCGCUUGAAGAUUGAGAAUGCAAUCACGUCGCAGCAGAAGGCCACCAACAUUCCACCCACAUCGUCGUCACGACAGGGAUCUCGAACGUCCCCUCAAAGGCGUGAUCCUAUUCCCGUCCUCACAACAAUCACCCCUGUUUCUUCCCUCCCAGGUCUACGGGUGCACUGUCGAGGUCGUUCAUCCGGCUUCAAACGGGGACGCAUCUCGCAGGCCAUGUCUCUAGUGAAAAUGCACGGCCGGCAAUCCUUCUCUGUGAGUUGGUGUGUAGAAGGAGGCUUCGGCAUCCCGGGGGAUAGUGGCGCGUGGGUAUACGAUCCUGUCUCGGGUGGACUUUGCGGUCAUGUCUUGGCCUGGGGCGAGAAGAGCAAGACGGCGUAUAUUGCGCCUAUGGAGGUGUUGUUUGAGGAUAUCAAGGGACGGCUGGGCGCCAGGUGCGUGGAAUUACCCGUUCCAGAAGGGUUGAGACAGGUGAGAGAGGACGAGGGUAUUGGGAUGGGGACGACGAGCACGAGCGGCGGUGGGCAGGAGGAUGUGGGUGCCAAAUUGAGGGACAUGAGGCUCGACGGCAACACCACUGCCCCCGCCGGCUCUGGGUCUACUUCUGCCUCUGCCUCUGGUGCGCCAGGCGGAGGAGGCAAGACGAAACAGGUUGUCGGCGUCCGGCCGCUGGUUAUGGCCGGCGCUGUCUCCUGA